CUUCACCUGCGCUCCUGAGCACGCCGGCGUCAGACUCCUGCUACCGCGAGGAGCCCCCGUAACUCCCCCACUGCCUGAUCCUUCUGCCAAGACCGCGGGCCAGAUUUCCUGGGAAGCUUUAUCGGGGAGUUCCACGGAGGAGUGAUUGCCUGGGCAGGAGAUCCCUGGCACUGCCAGCACAGCAAAGAGUGAAAGCUUUCCAGCUGGUCAGCAUGUUUAGGAGAGACUUGAGACCUGAUUCUUUGUUCUUCAGCUUUCUGGUCAGUAGUCUGUCCAGGAGUCUCUUUGCCUUUGCAGCCCUUGCCAAGAAUCAGACUUCUAAAGGUUUUGCUCCUGUCACAGUUGAGACCUCAAGACACAUGUACGAAUAUGUGGCCACUGCUUUGGACUGGUGGCAUGCAGACAGAUACUGUGAACAGCGCUUUGCUCAGCUGCUUUUUGAACCCCAUGACAGUGAGCAAGCUUCCUUUAGCAAACUGCUGCAGUCCCACCACAUCCGAGGUUCUGUCUGGGUAAAUGAAAGGGAUGGUGUCCUGCACAAACCAAAAUGGAGACGGGACCACACUGUACCAGUCCUGGUAUUCAGAGACAAAACAGACACAAAAUACGUGAAGGUGCUCUCUGACUUCCCAGCACUGCCUGCUGUCACAGCCUGCGCCCACCUCCAGUGGGACACCAGGACCCAGGAGAUUGCUACCAUCUUCUCCUAUGCUGUGCCGGCAUUUAUUAACGAGUUCCAGCUCCGUGGCUUUGUCGACGAGGAAGGCUUUGUUCGAUUUGCUCUCAUAGUCCACGGGCACCAUUCCCCGUACCUGCCCGUGUUCCGUGCUGAUGGACAGUGGCAUCACUUCUGCGUGACCUGGCAGCAGGAAAAUGGGACCUGGGCCAUCUAUGCCGACGGUAAAAGGAGAGCGUCUGCCAGCGGUUUGUGUGCUGUGGGGCCAGCUGCCCCCCAGGCCAUCUACGGCCAGGGGACUUUCAUAAUCGGGCAGGAUCAAGAUUCCCUGGGGGGCACCUUCAGGGAUAAAGAGUCUUUCAGUGGGAACAUCACGGACUUGCACAUCUGGCAAAAAGUCCUCAGCAUGGAUCAGAUUGAAAAAGUUCGGUCCUGUUGGGUGGUAGAGCAAGACCUUGUGUUUGGGUGGAGCUCAAACGCUCUGGAGGUUGAAAGCACUGUUCAGGAGGUGACGGCACGGUUUCUUUGCCCAGGGCCUGUUGAGGAAUGCCGAGUUUUUGAAGUUGGCAGCAGUGGAUUCAGUUACACAUCUUGUUUGCAGUCUUUGCCUUUUAUCUGUUGCUACAGAAAGGAUGCAUAUUGGCAACUGAAAAAAGCUCAGCAGGAAUCCAGCCAUUCGCUUGUUGGCCGUGUGAACACGCUUGCAGAGAGGACUGUGAUUCCUGAGAACGUCUUCACAAGUGAUGUCCAAGACAUGAACCUCUCUGUUGCUGUUGGUGCUCUUGAUGUCUUGGCAACUGUUCUCAGGGAAGGAGAGACACCCGUGCUGGAGCCAUCUGACCUCCUUGCAGUGCUUCAAUUACUAAAGCAAGUUUCUGAUGUGGAAGUCCGGGAGGCAGAGGAGCUGGAGAUGCUGGAGCAGUUGGGCCAGUAUUAUGUGGAAGUGACUGAGUUAAUCUUGGAAGAGCAGAAUAUUGAAACAUGGUCAUCAGUCAGCCAGGUUAUCAGAGGGCCCAUGGCUGUUGUUGAGCUCUGCAACAGAAUGGUGUCACAUUUAGCCCCACUGCUGACCGCAGGGAGGACAAAGAUCACAAUCCAGCAUGGGAACGUUGGGAUGGAAGUCAGGAAGCUGGAGCUGAGCGGGCAGGAGCUGAGCAGUGAGGCGUACCUGGUCCAGAGCCCUGAGAAGGGCAGGCACGACCUCAUUGAAGUUCCUGCAGAAGAAAUGCAAAGACUGAAAGCUAGAGGUCUACGCAGAGUCACGGUGAAAAACAUGUGGUUUGGCUACGGGUCCCUGCAGCGCUGCCUGUCUGGUGCUGGCAGCGGUGCUGUGUUCCAGGAUGCAGCUGCCUCUGAUGGAGGACAGAAGUACCUGAGCACCGUGGUGGGCACUGCCGUCAUCUCAUCCGCUCUGCUCAGCGACUACCAGGAGAUCAGCACGGCUGUGCGCUACCGCCUGCAGCACCGUGUCCAGGACCUUCCCGAUAAGCUGGUGGGGCCUAUUUGUGCCUUCUGGAACUUCAGCCUCAGCCCAGAUGCUGGUGGGAUGUGGUCCACAGCUGGCUGCUCUGUGGUGACACCUCUCCCGGACUCCACUGCCUGUUUUUGCAACCACACCACAAAUUUUGCUGUGCUGCUGCAGGUGUACGAGAUGCAGAGGACUGCCAAAGAGGAGCUCACACUGCAGACCUUGACUUUUAUUGGAUGUGGAGUUUCCUUCUGUGCCUUGAUUGUUACCUUCAUUUUAUUCUUGGCAGUUGGUGUCCCCAAGAGUGAACGAACAACUGUGCACAAGAACCUGGUCUUUGCGUUAGCUGCAGCAGAAGCUCUGCUCAUGGUCAGUGAAUUGGCCAAGACCAACCAGGUGGUGUGUUUCAUGGUCACUGCCUUCCUUCACCUCUUCUUCAUGGCAGCCUUUUCAUGGAUGCUGGUAGAGGGGCUUCUGCUGUGGAGCAAAGUGGUGGCAGUCAACAUGAGCGAAGACAGGAGAAUGAAGUUCUACUAUGUGACAGGCUGGGGCCUUCCUGUCGUUAUUGUGGGUGUGACCCUUGCAACUUCCUUUAACAAGUAUGUGGCAGACAACCACUGCUGGCUGAACGUUCAGACCAACGUCAUCUGGGCCUUUGUGGGGCCCGUUCUCUUCAUCCUGGCAGUGAACACCUUCGUGCUGUUCCGGGUGGUGAUGGUGACUGUGUCCAGUGCUCGCAGGAGAUCAAAGAUGCUGACGCCCAACAGCAGCCUGGAGAACCAGAUUGGAAUACAGAUAUGGGCCACAGCCAAGCCCAUCCUGGUGCUGCUGCCGGUGCUGGGGCUGACGUGGGUGUGUGGGGUCCUUGUCCACCUCAGCAUCGUUUGGGCCUAUGUCUUCAUCGGGCUGAACUCCCUCCAGGGCCUGUACAUUUUCCUGGUCUAUGCAAUCUAUAACAGCGAGGUGAGGAAUGCCAUCCAGAGGAUGAAGGACAAGAAGAAAGCACUCUCAUUCACAAACUGCUCUCAUCCCACCAACUACCUGUCAAGUCCAAGAAACACAACCUCCUGGGAGACAGGGAAACUGAGUCCUCCUGCAGCUGAGAGUGCCGUGUCGAGCCCUGGGCAGAAAGACCCUCCAGUGAAGAACAUCACCAACAGAGGAAAUUUUGGAGCCAAAAUUCCCAUGGGGAUUUCAUCGAUUAUGUCACCCGAGAGACCGGCUGUAGAGCUGACAGCGUUCAAAUCCUCAGGUAACAUUUGCCUACAUCAUUUCCUUUGCUUUUUGUUACUGCUGAUACUGGUUUCGGUGGUUGCGUGGUGGAGUGCUGCCCAGAGGGCAGGCGAUGUUUGCUCAGGCUUCAGGAGGCGUUUUAGUUUCAAACUGCCCUGGGGGGUGCAGUCCUGGCAAGGCUGUUGGGAGAUCCGUGUCCCCCCUGAACCGAUGAGGGAGAGGAGGGGUAUGAAGCGCUGCCGGUGCUGCCUGCGCUGCCUCUCCACGGCCGCACUGGUGGCUCAGCCCAGGCACAGUGGGGAGCUCAGCCGAGGGUGCCCGUCUCGGGGCACCCACCUGGUUUCUCCCACAUCCUUGCACCUUUUCUUGCUCCCGGGGCCCCUCCGCAGCGGCGGGGCUGCAGGUCGCAGCCCUCGGCCGGCAGCAGCGGCACCCCUGCGCGGCCGGCCCCCGGGGCGCAGUGGGGACCGGCACGCCUCGCUGCUUGGCGAGACCUGGGCUGCUUUCAGGGGUGGCAACAGCUCUUUGCGGCCACGGGGUAUUGCACACCAGCAGCUGCUGCAGAAAGCACUGGCGGGUGUUAGAAGUGCCUUGCUCCCAAAGAAGGGAAGCCGGGGAAGGUGGGGUGUUCAGACAGGGCUGGAUUUACGGGCUUAAGAGCAGCCAUUUAGCUUCUUCUGUUUCAGGCUGUAGAAAGGCCAAUGUCACCAUGGAGGUGGGUAGAAUUAAAACCAGAAAUCCCUCCUAAGCCCCGGACCUCUGCUCAACUCCUGUUCUGGGGUGAGGCCGGCCAGCCACAGCUCCCUGCUCCCUCCCCAACUUCCCUGCCUGCCGUUGGGCAAGUCAGCAGCUCCUCCAGGCACAGGUGUAGCGUAUUUAAUUUAAUUUUGUUUACCGAGUACUGCCAGCACUCUCAGUGCAGUCUCUGGAUGGGGUCACUCAAGCAGACAGUGCAGCGAAGCAGCACCGGGGGUGGAUUGAUAUUCUUUUUUCUGCAUUGUUACAUUUUCUUUUGUCAAAGGAAGCAGUGCAUUAGCAGGUUUCUGAUUUUGCUCCACAUUAAGCAUCUAAGCAGGGCAUGCUUAGACUAUUUUCGAGACGAUGCCACCCAGAAGCAUUGCAGCUUUCCUCCCCACAGUGGACACAUGAGCAAGGCAG